AUGGCACCCUCAUAUGAUUCUAAAUUAGCGCUUCCCUUGUCGGACAUAUCAUCUGGCACGCCAUUUACAAUUGAAAACCCAGCAACUGGGAAGACUAUCACCGCAGUGGUUCCGGGAAGCGUGGAAACGGUUGAUCAAGCCGUUCGGUAUGCAGAGACAGUGUUUCAGAAUGACUGGCGUUGGCGUUCGCCAACACAACGAAGUCAACUUCUGUUCAGAUGUGCGGAUGCAUUGGAGGAGCACAAGGAGGAAAUCGCCGAGAUACUAACUCUGGAAAACGGAAAACCCUAUCUCGACGCCCUAAAUGGAGACGUGCUGUUCCUGUUUUCCAUAUUUCGCUACUUUGCAAGCAUCGUGGAUAAAUUGCCUGGUGAGGUGCACGACCAAGGUUCUCUGUAUACAACCGUGUUGUAUGAACCUAAAGGAGUUACUGCGGCUAUAAUUCCUUUCAACUGGCCUCCUAUCCACACUGGCGGUAAACUGGCACCUGCGCUGGCUGCCGGCAACGUGAUGAUUCUCAAGCCGUCGGAGCAAGCCCCUCUAACAGUCAUAAAAAUUGUGGAUAUUGUGAAUCAAGUGCUACCCAAGGGUGUUGUACAGAUUGUACCUGGGCUGGGGCCUGAAGUUCCACAGGCUCUCGUCAGUCAUCCACUAGUCAAAAUGGUCUCUUUCACGGGAAGCACUGCAGCCGGCCGUAAAGUUGCCGAGACUGCGGCCAAGAAACCCAUUCCAGUUGUUCUUGAACUUGGUGGGAAAAAUGCUCUCGUUGUCUUCGACGAUGCCGAUUUUGACCGAGCCGUUGGAACCGCUUUAGAGGGGGCUUUUUUCAAUAAAGGCGAAGCGUGUACGGCAACAUCUAGAAUAUUAGUUCAACGAGGCACGGUCGACCAAUUUUGUCAGAAACUGGCAGAUGGUGUACGGAGGCUCAAAGUCGGUGAUGGCAUGGACGCAUCCAUUCAUGUUGGCCCCCAGGUAACAAGGGUCCAGCAGGAAAACAGCCUUAGGUACAUAGAGCUUGCUAAAAAGACGGCUAAUAUUGCGGCACAGGCGAGUCUUCCAUCUGGAACAGAAUACGCAGGCGGAUUUUUUGUCCCGCCGACCUUGAUAACUGGGGUCACACGGGAUAUGGCCCUCGCGCAAGAGGAAAUGUUUGGACCGCUAGUGACUGUAACAGUGUUUGAUACGGAGGAAGAAGCAGUCUCCAUCGUAAACGAAUCACGAUACGGGCUGACAUGCAGUGUUUUUAGUCGUGAUAAUGAGCGUUGUCUUCGAGUUGGCAGGAAAAUAGAUGUUGGUAUGGUGUUUAUCAACAAUUAUGCCCGCGGCGUACUCGGCACACCUUUUGGAGGAAACAAAGAAUCGGGGUAUGGAAGAGAACACUGCGUAGAAACGCUGCGCUCAUGGCAAAACACGAAAUUUAUUAAGCAGCCAUCAGGACUGGGGCAUUUACCACAAUGGCGAGGCACUGCCGAUAUUUUUGGUGGAACUGGUUCUCGUGGAAUGUUUGAUUAG